AUGACGAACUCCUCAGGCACGAUGCCGUACAUCAAGAGCGAACCUGAUGAUUUCGCCAACAACCCCAACCGAUUCAUGCGUGCCCCAAACUAUGGCAACGCUCAGAAUUUCAGUAACCAGUUCAACAAUGCUCAAGAUGCCGUCAGCAUAGACCCUUCGGAGCUGUCCAUGCAGAACAAUUAUGGCAUGAACUACAAUUUCGGGGCCACCAACAUGGCCUCAAGUUUCAGCAUGGGCAACUCCGGCUAUGAUGAUAGCGAACUCCUAGAAAGCCUGGACUUUGGAAAUCCACAAGGGAUGCUUGACGAUUAUUCCAGCAUGCCACAACAGAACAACAAUAACAACCGGGUGCCAGGAGCCAUGCCUAUGAAUCAGCAAGUCUAUUCUACCACCCCAGAUGGCCCUCCUAUCCAAAGCCCCUACUUGGGUGGCUUUGACUACUCCCAACUCCGACAGAUGGGCUCGAUCCCCACACACAUGCCACCAUUGUCAAGUUCACAAUUCGCGAAACGACCCAGCGUGCAAGCGGCCAAUCGUAAAUCGUCCGAUCAACGGUCUCCUCUGACGCCCCGAACAGCGCAAAUGGCUUCUCUCCAAAUCGGAACUCCAGAAUCCGGCGGGAUGGUCAAUGGGCGAGCAAUCAGAGCACCGAGUGUCCAAAACCGACACUCCAAGACCUUGUCCGGGCAGUAUGGCAGCACCCCAGGCAGCCUUCAUUCAUAUCUGGAUUCGCCAUUAUCCUCGCCAGGCGGUGCUGUACAUCAUGCCGGCAUCUCCGAGACUCUCGGCUCAGCCCAACAUGCAUCGUUACCUGCCAAGGUCGAGAACGGUCUUGGCACUAGCAACUCAGAGAAUGCGGAAGCGAAGAAACGUCGUCGACGAGCGUCACACAAUGCAGUGGAGCGGAGGAGACGUGACAAUAUCAACGAACGGAUCCAAGACUUGUCACACCUUGUGCCUCAACAUCGGCUUGAGGACGAUAAGGUCAAAAAGCAACUCCAGAAUACCGGGCCGCUAUCUCCAACGCUGGGAGCGGCGAGUAUGAGCCCGCCGACUGCCGGUAGUGCCGCAGCAUCGAUCUUGGCAGGACCGGGUCGGAGGACGGCGGGGAACAUCACGAUCGGGCUCCCGUUGGAGGAGAAGGAGAAAGGACCCAACAAGGGCGAUAUCCUCAACGGAUCGGUUAGCUGGACUCGGGAUUUGAUGUGGGCGCUCUAUAAUAAAUACCAACAGGACGAUGAACUAGCACAGUAUAUUACAGGACUUGGAGGAGCGUGGCCAUUCCAGGUCACCGACGAGGAGAAGCGAAUGCGUUCGGAGCUUAUGGAAGCUAUGGAAAAGAACGACCCCUCGUCCUUUUCAUAUUCUCGAGCAGAUGGUAGUGGGCUUCGGGUGCCUCAGCACACCAAUCUUGCCGGAGAUCGGAUAGGAGCGAAUUCCAGUCUGAGUCCACAGAGCAACUUUGAGCUCAGCCCGGGAUUCCAUAGUGGUGGUAGUGGUACCAACAGUGGCAGCAAUGGGGCGGGGCAACCUCAGUAUUGGCAUUCUGCGGGACACGGAGGGAUCAGCUUCAAGGAAGAAGAUGAAUUUAUGGAGAUGUGA